AUGGCUGCUGCAAGAACGACUAUAGUCUUUGUCACUGGAAAUGCCAACAAACUCAAGGAAGUCCAAGCUAUAUUAUCUGGUACAAAUAUCAAUCUCACCUCAUCAAAACUGGAUCUGGUCGAAAUUCAGGCAAGUUGCCGUGUUGGAACGUGUGGCACGACGCAAGAAUGUGCCAUAGAUAAAGCUAAACGAGCCUCUGCGGCUUUAGGAAACAUACCAGUGCUAACUGAAGACACUGCGCUUUGUUUCAACGCACUGAAGGGUCUUCCCGGUCCAUACAUCAAAUGGUUUCUGGAAUCUAUGGGACAUGAUGGUCUCAACACCAUGUUAUCGGGUUUCGAAGACAAGAGCGCGUAUGCUCUUUGUACAUUUGCACUUGUACCAUCUCCAGGUGCUGAGCCAAUUCUCUUUGAAGGACGGAAUGAUGGUAGAAUAGUGCCUGCGAGAGGACCGCUCGAUUUUGGCUGGGACCCAAUAUUCGAGUCUAACGACGGUAGUAGUGGAUUGACGUAUGCUGAAAUGGAAAAAUCGGUAAAGAAUCAGAUAUCACAUCGUGCUAGAGCCUUGGGAAAGCUAACGGAAUACUUGGCUACAACAUCAUUAUGA